UGACACUAAAGAGCACGGAUUACAAUGAUACGGAUUUUAGAGGUUUGGGUCACCUCGGUGGCCAUUUCUCUGCUGGUUAAGGGGGCUCUUGGAGGUUAUGGGAUGAGUAUGUUUGCUGCCCAGUCGUCCCCUCCAGACCCAUGCUAUGAUGAGAACGAACCCCGGAGGUGCAUCCCAGAUUUCGUGAACUCUGCUUUCGGGAAGGACGUGCGCGUCUCCAGCACCUGUGGAACCCCGGCCUCAAGGUACUGCGUCGUCACCGAGAAGGGAGAGGAGAGGACUAGGGAUUGCCACACCUGCGAUUCAGGGGACCCAAAGAAAACUCAUCCACCUGCGUAUUUAACUGAUCUCAACAACCCUCAUAACCUCACCUGCUGGCAGUCAGAAAACUAUGUCCAGUAUCCUCAGAACGUCACGCUCACUUUGUCCUUGGGUAAAAAAUUUGAGGUCACCUAUGUGAGCUCGCAGUUCUGUUCACCCCGACCCGAAUCUAUGGCUAUCUUUAAAUCCAUGGACUAUGGCAAAUCCUGGGUUCCUUUCCAAUUCUACUCUACCCAGUGUAAGAAGAUGUAUACCAAGCAGAAUAAGGCUGUAAUUACCAAGCAGAACGAACAAGAGGCGAUUUGCACAGACUCUCACACGGACAUGCACCCGCUGACAGGUGGGCUCAUUGCGUUCAGCACCUUGGAUGGCAGACCCUCGGCGCACGACUUCGACAACUCUCCCGUGCUGCAGGACUGGGUGACAGCCACCGACAUCAAGGUUACGUUCAGCCGACUGCACACGUUUGGGGAUGAGAACGAGGACGACUCGGAGCUGGCUAGAGAUUCCUACUUUUACGCGGUAUCAGACCUGCAGGUUGGCGGGCGGUGCAAGUGCAACGGUCACGCUUCAAAGUGCGUAAAAGAUAGGGAAGGAAACCUGGUAUGCGAGUGCAAGCACAACACCGCGGGGCCGGAGUGUGACAGGUGCAAACCUUUCCAUUAUGACCGUCCUUGGCAGCGCGCAACCGCAAGAGAGGCAAACGAAUGUGUUGCCUGCCACUGUAACCUGCACGCCCGGCGCUGUCGUUUCAACAUGGAGCUGUACAAGCUGUCUGGGCGGAGGAGCGGCGGAGUCUGUCUCAAUUGCCGCCACAACACGGCCGGACGCCACUGCCACUACUGCAAGGAGGGCUUCUUCCGGGACAUGUCCAAGGCCAUCUCUCACAGGAGGGCCUGCAAAGCGUGUGAUUGUCAUCCAGUUGGCGCAGCCGGCAAGACCUGCAACCAAACCACCGGCCAGUGUCCCUGCAAGGACGGUGUGACCGGCAUCACCUGCAACCGCUGUGCCAAGGGCUACCAGCAGAGCCGCUCUCCUAUCGCCCCCUGCAUAAAGAUUCCAGUUGCAUCGCCCACCGCCACCUAUACCAGCUCUGAAGAGCCCUUAGACUGUGAUUCUCACUGCAAGGCAUCCAAGGGCAAGCUGAAGAUCAACAUGAAGAAGUACUGCAAGAAAGACUAUGCUGUCCAAGUGCACGUCCUCAAAGGAGACAAGGCAGGGGAGUGGUGGAAGUUUACCGUGAACAUCAUCUCCAUCUACAAGCAAGGUGAACAACGCAUCCGGCGCGGCGACCAGCUCCUGUGGGUGCGUGCCAAGGACGUGGCCUGCAAGUGCCCCAAGAUCAAGCUUGGCAGGAAAUACCUGCUGCUGGGCACGGAUGACGACUCCCCAGGGCAGAGUGGCGUGGUGGCGGACAAGGGUAGCCUGCUCAUCCCCUGGAAGGACCUGUGGGGCCGGAGACUGAGGAAGUUCCAACAGCGCGACAAGAGGGGCAAGUGUUAAGAGGAGCCAGAAAGGAGAGAAAGAGAGGGGGCUCACCUCGAGUCUGAGGAACACAGGAGGAUGAGAAAGAAAGAGGAAACACCAGAGGGAGAGAGGAAAGAGGGAGAGGUGAAGUGAAGUGAACAGAGAGAGAGAGAGAAAGUGACUGUGCUGCUACUUUGAGUGGAAGAAAAAAGAGAAUAUUAGUUUUAGAAACAUUCGUGUGAAGGAGCUCUUUUUACAGUUGCUGUUCUGUUUGUCCUUCAAGGUUUGUUUCGUUGUGGAAUUGCAGAGUUUGCACCUAAUAUUUCAGAUGAGUUACUUAUUUUUUGUUUUAUUCAUGAUACCGUUAUUUUUAUAUUUCCAGUUCAUUUUUACAGAACAUCAGAAAAAAUCUACUGUAUCACAUUUCUGUGUUUAAUAUAUA